ACACUUUUCACAUCUUCACAGGACUCAAGUUUUCGGGAUACGCACGAAGAGUUUAAUAACGAUGACUCCUCGUUGUCCGAGACUUUGAGCAAUUCUUUUGUCCCUGAACAAACUGACAUGGAUGAUUAUACGAAAAAGAAAAAAGAACAACCUUUUAGAUAUUACCUAUGUUUCGACGUUGAAGCUACAUGUGAGGAAGGAAGCUUCAAUUAUAUGAAUGAAAUCAUAGAAUUUCCCGUAUUACUGAUUGAUAGUCACACAUUUGAUAUCAUUGACGUAUUUCAUUCCUACGUCAAACCAAGUGUCAAUCCUGUGUUAUCAAAUUUCUGUACACAGUUGACUGGCAUAUUGCAAGAAACAGUUGAUGCAAGUCCGUCGUUUCCUGAAAUGUUGUGCAAAUUUCAGGAAUUUUUACACCGUUAUCAGCUCUUUAAUGACAAUACCUGUGCCUUUAUAACCGAUGGUCCUUGGGAUAUCAAAAAUUUUGUACGCAAGCAAUGUAAAAUUUCUAAUAUAACUUUACCCUCGUACUUUGCCCUUCCUUGGGUGAACAUAAGACUUUUGUUUUCAACUUUCUACAACGUUAAUAAAGAGAACAUUUCCGGCAUGUUGGCGCGAUAUGGUUUAAAAUUCGAGGGGCGCGAACAUUCGGGAAUCGAUGACGCCAAGAAUUUGGCGAUAAUCGCCAAAAAAUUGUGGGAAGAUGGAGCCGUGCUUGAAACAAAUCAAGCUAUUGGGCGCAGAACAAGAAUGAAUUUUUGA